GACCCUUUUGCAAAUGUCCCUGGUUUUAUUCGUGUCCGAAUAAUUGCGUAGAUUAUGUAUUUAAAGCGUUAAAGAUUGGGAGUCACACCUCAUCUCUCUUCAACCACAAACAAGACUUCCUAUUAAACUUCUUCUGUACAUUGUUGAUCUUCUUCACCUCAUCCUCUUCAUCCCCUUCAAUACCUUGAUACCUUCAUCACCAUUAAUCAUAACCCAUCUCAAAUUCGGCCUCGUGGGUUACAUCAUGAAUACUCUAUCAGUGAGGGCUCCCUUGCGGGCUGCAGCAAAGCCACAGUACCUGCACCUUGCUGUACGAACCUACUCGGGCGCUGCAGUAACAACAUGCAACCCUGCAUGUGGAGUCAGCAAGCGCACAUCGGCAUUCAGCCUCACAUCCAAACGCCCUAUUUCGUCAACACCCCAGAACCAGAUUACAGAUUACUUUCCAGCACCAAAGACUCCAAAUGUCAAGGAGGUGCAAACAGCAUGGGUGCAUCCAGUAUACACCGAGUCCCAAAUGCGAAAUAUUCGCAUUGCCCACAGACAAGCCUCAAAUUGGUCCGACUGGGUUGCCCUAGGAACUGUACGCAUCUUCCGAUGGGGUAUGGACACGGCGACAGGAUACAGACAUCCCAAGCCCGGCGAGGAACUGCCGGCCAUCUUCAAAAUGACCGAGCACAAAUGGCUAAAUCGAUUUAUCUUCCUGGAAAGUGUGGCCGGUGUCCCCGGGAUGGUGGGCGGCAUGCUGCGACAUCUCCGUAGUCUUCGCAAGAUGAAGAGGGACAAUGGAUGGAUUGAAACCCUGCUCGAAGAAGCAUUUAACGAACGCAUGCACCUCCUCACCUUCCUGAAACUGGCCGAACCAGGCUGGUUCAUGCGCUUGAUGGUCAUCGGCGCCCAGGGUUUCUUCUUCAACGGCUUCUUCCUGGCAUAUCUGAUCUCCCCACGCAUCUGCCACAGAUUUGUGGGAUACCUUGAGGAGGAGGCUGUCAUUACUUACACCCGUGCGAUUGAGGAACUAGAGGCCGGCAAGCUCCCGGAGUGGAAUAAUCUCGAUGCACCCGAGAUUGCGGUCAAAUACUGGCAGAUGCCAGAGGGUCAGCAAAAGAUGAGGGACCUGCUGAUGUUUGUCCGCGCCGACGAAGCCAAGCACCGCGAGGUCAAUCACACCCUCGCCAACCUCAAGCAGACUUACGAUCCCAAUCCCUACCAGAUUGAGUACGCGGAUCCGAACAUAAACCAUCCGACGAAGGGCAUUGAUAACCUGAAGCCAGAGGGUUGGGAUCGCAAGGACAUUUUUCUGACUGAAUCGAGAAGGGAGAAGCCUUGAGGCAUUCAAAAGGCGCAUUUUUACAGGCGUUUGAAAAAUGGGGGGGGGGG